UUUUUGGAGACACCAAACUGUACUUGGAUACUUGGACAUCGUCUCUAUUCAAGGAAAUACAAAAAGAGAAGACCUUUCAAUUUCACAAGGUUCCGUUAGUUUGAGCAAAGAAGUAAGGAUCAUGGAGGUUGAGUUGGGGCUGAAGAUCACAAGAACCAAAGACGAUAACACUUCCGUUUCUGAUUUUCAGUUUGCCAAAGACAGAUCUGGACCUGUCUUCUUUUCCAAAGAAACUGAUUCAAAGCUCAUCCUCACUGCACAUCUUAAAGGGUAUAAGAAAGAGGACAUUGACAUCAAUAUCAGUAAAGAUGGGAGUGAGAUUUCGGUGAGUGGGGAGAAGGAGGUGCAGGAAAUGCAAAUGAUACCGUUCAAGAAAGAGGUGAAAACCAAAGGGUUUGCGAAGAAGUUUAGAAUUCCUGAUAGGGUGGUUUUGGAUCGGAUCAAGGCUAAGUAUAGCGAAGUGGAUGCAGUGUUGACAAUUGUGAUGCCAAAAAUGGAAUUGGGAAAAGGAGUGACAGAAAUUGAGGAGGUGCAGGAAAGAGAAGAGGUGGAUAGCGUGACGGCAGAGCCAGAAAAGAUUGAAGAAGAAACAGCUCCAGUGAAGAAGCCCGAAAAACCAUGGACUCCUUGUCCUCCUUUCUAUUUUGGAGGAUCAACUUUGCUUCUAACUCUUCUAUUUCUUGUAAUGCACUAUAUUAGAGCCAGAAAGAGUUAAUCUUUUUCUUGUAAUGCAGAAGAAAGAGUUCGUUUAAGUUUAUUCAGGGAUUAUUUAUUUCAAUUUUUCAGUGUCUCCACCUAUAAAGUAUUAUUUUCUGUAUCUAC